AUGGCUCGGCAACUCAAAAUCGUAGUGGACGCAAGUAGGGAUUUAAUAAGUGAGCUUCCGGUAGAGAUAAAGGAAAGAAUUUUGGAGUGUUUGCCCACCCGAGACGCCGCAAGAACUGCUAUGCUCUCUAGGCACUGGAAUGAUGUUUGGUUGCAGCAUGAGCGGCUUACAUUCGAUUCCGAAUUCGUGCAAAGUUUCCAACAGUCCCAAUAUGAUGACGAUAGAACCCCCGUGAACAUAAUCAAUAAUAUCCUCUUUUCCCGUGCUGGGCCUAUUAAGAAAUUUACUCUACAGAGAGACGGUGAAAUUGAUCCUUUGCCGUUGCCGCAGCAAUAUGAUAUUGAUAGGUGGUGUAUUUUUCUGUCAAGAAAUGGUGUGGAGGAACUUAACUUAUGUUUAUAUAGUGAUAUAGGGCCAGAUUAUCAGCUGCAAUUUUGUUUACUCUCUUGCAGGACAAUUAAGAAACUGAUAGUCGACGGUGUCUUUAUUAAUUUGCCUGUAAAUGCUUGUGGUAUAUUUUUCAAUGUCACUUCAUUAGCUUUCUUCAAUGUUACAUUUAAGCGUAGUGUUAAUGGAAUUGUCUCUAGUAUUAGUAUUCCUAAGCUUGAGAAGCUGGUUCUCGAGGAUUGUGAAGGGAUCAAUAAGUUUGAGAUCAGCCCUCCAAAGCUUGAAAUCUUGUCUGUUAUUCAUUCUAUUGAUGAUUACGUUGAUUCGAGAUGGUUGGCACCGCAUUUGAAAACAAUUAAGACUCUUUGGUUGUGUGGCUAUUCGUUGUCGUUCCGUAGGAAGGAUGACCAAGAAAAUGCUUCAAGGCUUUUGGAGGAUGGAAACGGUUGCUUAUUUAUUCAAGAGCUGCAUAUGCUUAACAGUAUUAAGAUUGAAGCAUUCAAUCAUCAAUCCGCACUCGAAAUGCUAUUUAUGAAAACACUGCUCUCAAAAUCCCCUGCGCUAGAGAGAGUUGUUAUUGUGAAGUCUUGGCAUAGGAAUGCCUUCGAGAUGAGAAAAAUCCAAGGGGAGUUUGAACGUUUCCCUCGUGCAUCUCCAAACGCACAAAUUGUCUGCAUUGGCAAUGACUCUGCGCAUAUGAGUGAGGACGGGAUGAGAUACCCAUGGUGUUAG